UCACAUUUUGCAUUAGUUUUGGCUUGAUUUACGUUAUUGUGAAAUGAGAAUAUCAUUAAAAUAAUAGUAUUUCUUAACUGUUGAACUAUAACAUUAAGAAUAUUUAGCCAACAACAAAUUUAACAAACAAUAAGAGGGUUUUUAAUUCUUAAUCAUGAGUGAAAAGAAGUCUAAACAAAGUAAAGCAGAUAUUGCUAAACAGUUUGAUCUACCCGAGCGUCAAUCGAAGAUUACGUCGCUUUUAAAUCAAGCCGGGCAAGCUUACUGUAUAUGCCGAUCUUCAGAUAGUUCGCGGUUUAUGAUAGCUUGUGAUGCUUGCGAGGAAUGGUAUCACGGAGAUUGUAUAAACAUUUCUGAAAGAGAGGCGAAGUAUAUUAAAAACUAUUUCUGUGAACGCUGCCGUGAGGAAGAUCCCACUUUAAAAACAAGGUUCAGGCCACAGAAACGAGAAAAUGAUGGAGAUUCUGGUAGAGAUGAUAGAAAGAAAAAACGCAAAGAAAAAGAUCAUUCAGAAAACAAAUCAUCAAAGAGACCAAAUAAAGAUGGUUGUGGAGAUUGUGGUGGCUGUUCACAAACACACGACUGUGGCCACUGUGACGCAUGCGAGGAUAUGUACAAGUAUGGAGGUAAUAACAAGUUAAAGUUGACCUGCCGUCAAAGAUUGUGCGUUAAAAGCAAAAAGACCUCUAGAAUAUCAAGUAGUAACCGCAUUAAGAAGAAGCAUGAACGUGAGGUUUAUGAACCCGAAGAGUCAAUAUCUCACCUUCAGACAUCAGAGCCUCGGCAAUGCUAUGGACCGCAAUGCUGUAAGGCAGCUCAGUAUGGCUCCAAAUACUGUUCCCAGCAGUGCGGAAUGAGACUUGCUACUGCUAGGAUUUAUCAGGUGUUGCCGCAGCGUAUUCAGGAGUGGUCGCUCUCCAGCUGUGUGGCGGAGCAGCAUAACCGUCGUUCAUUGGAGGUGGUCAGGUCGGGGCUGGCUAAAGCGCAGGCAGCGCUGAGGGCGUUGGACAAACAGCACGCUGAGAUAGACGAGAUGCUGCAGCGAGCUAAGCAUGCCACCAUAGAACACACCGAUGAGAAGGAAGCAGACGACGAGACGUCAAUGUACUGCAUCACGUGCGGCCACGAGAUACACUCGCGCUCAGCUGUCAAACAUAUGGAGAAAUGCUUCAUAAAGUACGAGGCCCAGGCCUCGUUUGGCAGCAGACAUCGCACACGGAUCGACGGACAGAGCAUGUUCUGUGAUUACUACAACCAAAUCAAUGGCACCUAUUGUAAGAGGUUGCGGGUAAUGUGCCCCGAGCACUUCAAGGAUCCCAAGGUGAGCGACACGGAUGUAUGCGGCUGUCCGCUGGUGAAGAACGUCUUCGAUCCCACCGGAGAGUUCUGUAGGGCGCCGAAGAAGUCCUGUCUGAAGCACUACCAGUGGGAGAAGCUGCGGCGGGCGGAGGUUGACAUGGAGAGGGUCCGCCAGUGGCUGAGGCUGGACGAGCUGGUCGAGCAGGAGAGGAAUAUACGCCUCGCUAUGGCCUCCAGGGCCGGCGUUUUAGGUUUGAUGCUUCACUCGACGUAUAACCACGAGGUCAUGGAGAGGAUAACGAAGGCGAACGAAAACGGAAAGGUCAAAGAGGGGUCAUGACACAAAGAUAGCACAGAAAAAACAUAACACGAUUAUAAAUAUUACACGCGAUGUUCCUAAUGAGUUGAUGUUGUGUCAGGAAUUAAUAAUUAUAUGUAUUAGGAAAUUAUUAGUUAAACAAAAUACAUGUCAUUUUGUAAUAUAACAGAAUUUAAUGAAGCGAAGACGGGUCCUGGAAGUUGUAUGUGUAAAUAAAAAAAUAAAAAUAUAAU